AUGAAGAGGGUGUUCGCCUCGGGCUGGGAUCCUGAUCCUUCUGUCCCGAGUUCACCAGGCAGCUUUGGGCUGGUUCCCGGCCACACCUCCACCGCUGCUCCGCCCGUGACGUCGCACACACCCCCACCCCGUGGGCACUAUGGCACUGUCUUUGAAGAAAUUGACUUCUUUGGGUCUCCCACUGGGGAGGAACCGGCUGGCCUUCCCACACUGGUGGAGGACUCCACCCGUGGCCACAUCACUGGCAUCAACCUGCGCAAAGAAUGGCUUGGAAGGGCCUGCCUCCUCAACGUGGAAAUAUUUGUCUUUUCGGAAGAAGUUGCUGGUGGAAUAACCUAUGUUGAUGAGAUGACGAAACCGGGCUCUGUGUGCGCCCAGCCGUGCCCGGCGGGAACGUACGGGGUGAACUGCAGCCAGGAUUGCCCGUGUCAUAAUGGCGGGCAGUGCGAUCAUGUGACGGGGGCGUGCCUGUGUACCGCCGGCUAUGUGGGAGAAAGGUGCCAAGAGGAGUGUCCCAUUGGGACCUUCGGCUUCCAGUGUUCCCAGAAGUGCGACUGUGAGAACCGAGCCAAAUGCUACCACAUCAACGGGGCCUGUCUCUGCGAUCCGGGCUUCAAAGGGAUUCAUUGCCAGGAACGGAUGUGCCCAGAGGGCUUUUAUGGCUUGAAAUGCAACAGGAGAUGUCCCUGCCGCGCUGUCAACACUGCCAGCUGCCAUCCUCUGUCUGGGGAGUGCAACUGCAAAGCUGGCUGGGCUGGGCUCUACUGCAAUGAAACCUGCCCCCCAGGUUUCUAUGGCGAAGGCUGUCAGCUUGCCUGCCGCUGCCAGAAUGGAGCCGACUGCAACAGCAUUACCGGGAGAUGCACCUGUGCCCCAGGAUACAUGGGAGAAGACUGCUCCAUCACGUGUGCGGCCGGCACCUACGGGAUCAGCUGUUCGUCGCUUUGUAGCUGCCAGAAUGACGGGGCUUGCUCCCCCGUGGAUGGUUCCUGCUUUUGCCGAGAAGGGUGGCAGGGAGCGGAUUGCUCGAUCCCCUGCCCGAGUGGCACUUGGGGCCUCAACUGUAACCAGACGUGUUUCUGUGCCAACGGAGCAGCCUGCAACCCCGUGGAUGGAUUCUGCCUGUGUUCCCCUGGGUGGCAAGGAGAUUUCUGUAACCAGCCGUGCCCUGAGGGGACGUACGGCCUGAACUGCAGCCGGCUCUGCGACUGCAACCAUGCGGACGGAUGCGAUCCAGUCACGGGCCACUGCUGCUGCCUUGCCGGAUGGACAGACAGAAAACCGAGGCUUCCGGCUCGCUUCCGGUUGCCUGUGGCCGGAGUGGGCAAGGCUUGGGGUCAGCAGACUAUCCCUGUUUUGGACAACGCUCAGUCCAGACGCCAUCCGUGUCGACAGCUGGCAGAUUUAUUUUCGGACGGGCUGGGUUCCUUUAAAGCUGCCACCACCUCUCCUGGGGCCGGGGCGAUGCAAAUGACUCCGUGA